AUGCCUGCUGCUAUUCACUCCAGCUACCCGUCAGAUACUGAGAACAACGACAUGAAGGACUUGGAGUCUGGCUAUGUCAGUGGUGGCUCCAGCGAAGCCAGUCUUCCUGAGCUCAUCUUCACCAAAGCCCACUUGAAGUUUUUGAACAGACAAUUGCAGUUUCUCGAGCCUCAAGAUGUAUUGAGAUGGUGCAUUACAAGUCUUCCCGGACUUUUCCAGACGACCGCCUUCGGUCUUACUGGCUUGGUUACUCUCGAUAUGCUCUCAAAGCUCGAUGUUCCUCGACCACAGGUGGUUGACCUGAUCUUCCUCGACACUCUUCAUCACUUCCCAGAAACCCUUGCUCUGGUCGACCGUAUCCGAAAAAUCUACCCUAAUGUCAAUAUCCAUGUCUACAAGCCAGACGGAACCGACAAUGUUGAAGAGUUCAACGCCAAGCACGGAGAACGUCUAUGGGAGACCAACGAUCAGCUAUAUGACUGGGUCGCCAAAGUCGAGCCUGCUCAGCGUGCCUACCGGGAACUCCAAGUCAAUGCCGUUCUCACUGGUCGUCGCCGAAGCCAGGGUGGCAAGCGUGGCGAUAUGGACAUUGUUGAAAUUGAUGAGGCUGGCCUGAUCAAAAUCAACCCCCUCGCCAACUGGAACUUCCAGCAAGUCAAGGAAUACGCUACCACCCACAACGUUCCAUACAACGAGCUCCUUGACCGCGGCUACAAGAGUGUUGGCGACUGGCACUCCACCCAGCCCGUCAAGGAGGGCGAGGAUGAGCGUGCUGGCCGCUGGAAGGGUCAGGCCAAGACCGAGUGUGGUAUUCACAACCCUCGAUCCAAAUAUGCUCAGUUCCUGAGGGAUCAGGAGCUGAAGAGACAAGAGGAGGCACUCAAGCAGGCUCUCAUGGGAAACGAGGUGAAGGAAGUCGAGUUGGCUCCCGAGCAACCAGCGGUCAUUGAAUCCAAGCCUGAGCCAAUGGAAAUUGAAGUCAAGCCAGAGCCAUUUGACCUGGAGCCCAAGCCGGAGCAAUUCACAGUUGAAAUCAAGCCUGAACAAUUACCAACCGAAGUAAAGCCUGAGCAAUUACCGAUUGAAACCAAAUCAGAACAAUUACCAAAUGAAGUGAAGUCUGAGCAGUUUGAGGUUGAAGUCCAGCCGGAGCCAUUCCAUCUAGAAACACAUCCAGAGAAAUUCACAGUGGAGGCCAAGCCUGAACAACUGCCAGUUGAAAUCAAACCAGAACAACUACUGACUGAAGUGAAACCUGAGCAGCUCACAGUGGAAAUGAAGGCUGAGCCCUUGGUGGUUUAA